CGUCGCAAUCAAUGUCCAUAGAAGAAGACAACUCAAUCCGAUUCUUAGUCCCUAGCCGCUACUGAUCGGGCGCUAUAUAGCCGCUUCGGAGUGCGCAGGGUUCUACAUCCCCACCAUCAUGCCUCCGGUCCUCGCCGCCCCCCCUCCGCAACCGACUCCUAAGAUUAAACGUCCACCCGGCAUCCAGACGAAUGGCGUUUCUUCAUCACAAUCCUCUCCAUCUCCAAAUAUGACCUCUAAGCGCCCUCCGCCUGCCAUCGCCAAACAGCAACAGGCAUCGAAUUCGACCACUAUGAACGGUACUAAUGGGACUACCCAUCGACCUGGAGUAGCCCGUUCGAGACGCGACACAUCUAAUCAAAUUACGGCACGUAAUCAGAAAAAUAAUACCUCUCUAAGAUCGGGUACCUUUGCUCCUGAUGUAUCCUUACAUAAGUUGUUCGAACCACGCCCGGACGUUGUUACGGACUCCUAUAUUCUAAAGAAAUAUUCCGGACAACCUCCGUCGCUUAUCAUACAUUUACACCCUGCGCAUUUUCGAUUUGAUAUGCAAGAUAGCGUUUUCCCGUACAAGUCUCCAAUGAGAGCCUUUCUAGAUCACGUUAGAAACCGAACAGUACCUCACGACAUUCUGCAAGAUCUUAAUGAAGCUGGUGUUCCUUUCUACGAGGGUUGCCUAAUUGUACAAGUCCACGAUCAUAAGACUGCCGCCCAGGUCAAGGACAUUGCGCGCCCAGCUUCUAAAACUACGUCGGAGAAGCCGUCCUCGAUUCAUAACUAUAACCCAUAUAUCACACCUUCUCCCUAUGUUCCAUUCCCUAAGGAGAGCGCCGAGAAUGGACUCCAAGAGGCUGACGCGAACCCCGCGCAUGACGACUCCAGUGAUAGAGAGAACAUGCCAGCUCCACCAGCUCCUACUGAUGGCCAGAAAGGCAAGGCCCAAGCCGAAGUAAAGAUCUUUACAGUCGUCCUCCACCCAACCCCACAAAGUUUACACAUGGACUUAAUGAUCAAGGCUUGUACGCCACGUGGAUCUGGAGAUGCGAAGGCCGGCAGUGAUCCCAACGGCUUGCCUCCUACUCCAAUAUCCGCUGUGCCUCCAACCCCAACCGCGGCGAGCAUGGCACCGCCGGCUAAGAGAGUCAAACGAGAAAAGAUGGAACUAGACGGAAGUAAUAUAUACGCUGCAGAAGCCCAGAUAUUACUGGCAACCUCAGCUCCUUUACACUUAGAUGUACCCAAGAAUAAAGAAGAUGCUGUUGCGUUCUUGCUUAAGAGCAUGGCUGAUCCGAGACACUCUGAUUCGCCUCCUCAGCCAAAGGCUCGGAAGCGCACGGUCGCUGAAAGGGCCGCUGAUGAAGCAUUGGCCGCGGAGCAAGAAAAAUACAUGCUUACAUAUGACGAGCGCCGCUCCGCUAAUACAGGUGGUGCUCAGACUGGUGCAGAUGGCGCCGAUGGUGAUGGACAAUCCGGCGCGGCUACUUUUGAGCCUCGUUUCGAAAGAUUUAAGGUUCUUGCCGAUAUUAAGAGUGCGCAUGAGGCUAAGAAAGAACAGGAAAAGAUUCAACAGGCGGAGAACGAACGCAAGCUUCAAAUCCAAAAGCAGGAGCAUGCUGCUUUACUAAAACGGCAGCAAGCAGAACAAGAUAAAUUACGCCACGAAGAAGCUCAGCGGCUCGCGCAAAUACGGCAGCAGCAACAACAAGAAGCCCAGCGUCGAGCUAUAGCCCAGCAGCAAGCCCAGGCUCAAGCCCAGCAGCAAGCCCAAGCCCAAGCCCAGGCUCAGGCUCAGGCUCAGGCUCAGGCUCAGGCUCAAGCUCAGGCUCAGGCUCAGGCUCAGGCUCAGGCUCAGGCUGCACAAUCCCCACCUAACCCUCAAAUGUCUCAAAUGCCUCAAUCCUCACAUGGGCACCCUGUACAAAGUGGACUUCCCAAUAAUGUCAUGUCUGCCCAAGCUGCGCACAGGUUCCCCCAGCAAGUUUCUCAGGCACCUGUUUCCUCUCCAGUUGUUCGGCAUAACACGCCGCAGAACUUGUCAAGCCCUAUGGUAGGAAACGCGCCGAUGCAGCAAACCAACUCUGGCAUGGGCGCAAGCCCUCAAAGGCCGUCUUCUGUCGUGCAGAGCCAUGGGCCAAUGUCUGUACCAAUGGCUGUUAGCAUGUCAGCAAGAGGUAGCCAGCAGAGUCAUCCGUCGAACACGCCUCGCAUGCCGAGCGCAACACCGCAAAUGUCUCACGGUACUCCGAUCAAUCGACCGAUGCCUACACCCCGGUUGAGUCAAGCAAGCCCACCCCCGAACAUGGUGGCCCAAAGCUCACACAUGAAUCAAAUGCAUAUGGGAAAUCAAAACAUGAAUCAGAAUAUUCCCAAUCAAUUAAUGGCGGCCCAGAUAGCGCAGCAGCAGCGCCAACGGAUUGCUUAUCAGCAAGGGACGCUGCAGAAUGGAAUGAUUAACGGACAGAACCCUCAAAUGCAUAACCAGAUGUUACAAAAUCAGCUCAUGCGCCAGCAGAUGAUGGCCAUGAACAUGCAAAAUCCCAAUAUGCUGAACGCUGCUCAACAUGUGCAGCAGGCCCAGCUCGCUCAAAGGUACCAGCAGCAGAUCAACAGCAUGCAGCAGCAGCAACAACAACAUCAGCAGAUGCAAGGCCAGUUGCCAAACCAACAAAUGGGCAACCAGAAUUUCAUAAACGCUAGUAACGGGAUGACUCCAGCACAGAUGGCUACUAUGCAACAGAUGCACAUGCAGCAGCAAGGUCAACAUCCGGGGGGCCAGCAAAACGCAUUAGCCAUGCAAAUACGGCAGAGACAGCAACAUCUUUAUCGUGGUAAUAUCGCGCAGUUCGCUGAGAGAUUUGGCGGCGCACAGAAUAUACCGGCUGAUCUUCACGAACAAUUUAAGCAAAACUGCUUGAGGAAAGCACAAGAAAGUUUACAGCGUGAUAUUAUGCAACGGCGGCAGCAGAUGGCUCAAAGCAUGCAAAAUGGAAUGCAAGGCGGUAUGCAAGGCGGUAUGCCAAACGGUAUGAAUGGGAUGAAUGGGAUGAUGCAGUAAGGGAUUGUGGCCGAGAUACGUGGAGAAACGAAAAGGCUACUCCCACGUUCAUAUUGGAAUUGUACAAUCAGAGGGGCUCAGGUUGGUUGGGCGUCGGAUGGAGUGUUUUUUUCUUUUUUUUUUUCCCUCCUGUGCGGAUUAUAUGGCGUUUCUCGGCAAUGGGGGCGCAGGUGAUUGUCGAAAUCAUAGCAUUAUUGGAGUGUCCGUUCGGACUAGGCGGGUCAGGUUUUUUUUUCCCCAUUAUACCCAUUUCGCUAGUUUGCUACGGGAUCACAAAUAACACAACAUGUUGGAUGGAAGGGGUCCUUUAGAUGGGUAGGAAUCGAUUUUUGUCUUGGUAUCGGCCGAUGCGCCCUUCUGAAGUAUUGAACUCGGGCUUUCAACUGUUGUAGUAUAUGAGGUAGUUAGUCUCAGGUAUAUUGUUAAGCCAAAAUGAAUUCAUAUGAUAAUGGUAUAAGUGCGA